GCCAGCUUGCCACAACUCCUGAGAUCUCCCAGGUGGCAGCUGCCUCCCCCAGACAGGCUCAUCCACCAUGACCAAACUGAACGCCCAGGUCAAAGGCUCCCUCAAUGUCACCACGCCCGGGCUGCAGAUAUGGAGGAUAGAGGCCAUGCAGAUGGUGCCUGUUUCUUCCAGCACCUAUGGCAGCUUCUUCGACAAUGACUGCUACAUAGUCCUGGCUAUCCACAAGACGGGCAGCAACCUGUCCUAUGACAUUCAUUACUGGAUCGGCCAGGACUCGUCCCAGGAUGAGCAAGGGGCAGCUGCCAUCUACACGACUCAGAUGGACGACUAUCUGAAGGGCCGGGCUGUCCAGCACCGCGAGGUCCAGGGCAACGAGAGCGAGGCCUUCCGAGGCUAUUUCAAACAGGGCAUCGUCAUCCGGAAAGGGGGUGUAGCUUCUGGCAUGAAGAAGGUGGAGACGAACUCCUACGACAUCCAGCGGCUGCUGCACGUCAAGGGCAAGAGGAACGUGGUGGCCGGAGAGGUGGAGAUGUCCUGGAAAAGUUUCAACCGUGGGGAUGUUUUCCUCCUGGACCUCGGCAAGCUUAUCAUCCAGUGGAAUGGGCCGGAGAGUAACCGCAUGGAGAGACUCAGGGGCAUGACCUUGGCCAAGGAGAUCCGAGACCAGGAGCGGGGCGGGCGCACAUACGUGGGCGUGGUGGACGGGGAGGACGAGAAGGCGUCCCCUCAGCUGAUGGAGAUCAUGAACUACGUGCUGGGCCAGCGGAGGGAGCUGAAGGCCGCUGUGCCUGACACAGUGGUGGAGCCGGCGCUCAAAGCUGCCCUCAAGUUGUACCACGUGUCUGACUCCGAGGGAAAGGUGGUGGUCAGAGAAGUGGCCACACGGCCACUCACACAGGACCUACUCAGUCACGAGGACUGUUACAUCCUGGACCAGGGGGGCCUGAAGAUCUACGUGUGGAAGGGGAAGAAUGCUAAUCCCCAGGAGAAGAAGGAGGCCAUGAACCAGGCACUGAACUUUAUCAAAGCGAAGCAGUACCCACCGAGCACGCAGGUGGAGGUGCAGAAUGACGGGGCCGAGUCAGCCGUCUUUCAGCAGCUCUUCCAGAAGUGGACGGUGCCCAACCAGACCUCAGGCCUGGGCAAAACCCACACUGUGGGCUCCGUGGCCAAGGUGGAGCAGGUGAAGUUCGAUGCCACGUCCAUGCAUGUCCAGCCUCAGGUGGCUGCCCAGCAGAAGAUGGUUGACGACGGGAGCGGGGAGGUGGAGAUCUGGCGCAUUGAGAACUUAGAGCUGGUGCCUGUGGAGUCCAAGUGGGUGGGCCACUUCUAUGGGGGUGACUGCUACCUGCUGCUCUACACCUACCUCAUCGGCGAGAAGCAGCACUAUCUGCUCUACAUCUGGCAGGGCAGUCAAGCCAGCCAGGAUGAAAUCACAGCCUCAGCCUAUCAGGCUGUCAUCCUGGACCAGAAAUACAACAACGAACCAGUUCAGAUCCAGGUCCCGAUGGGCAAGGAGCCACCUCACCUCAUGUCCAUCUUCAAGGGACGCAUGGUGGUCUACCAGGGAGGCACUUCCCGGGCUAACAGCACGGAGCCUGUGCCCUCCACACGGCUGUUCCAGGUCCGAGGAACCAGCGUCAACAACACCAAGGCCUUUGAGGUCCCAGCCCGAGCCACCUCCCUCAACUCCAAUGACGUCUUCAUCCUCAAGACCCAGUCCUGCUGCUACCUGUGGUGUGGAAAGGGUUGUAGCGGAGAUGAGCGGGAGAUGGCCAAGAUGGUUGCCGACACCAUCUCCCGCACCGAGAAGCAAGUGGUGGUGGAAGGGCAGGAGCCAGCCAACUUCUGGAUGGCGCUGGGUGGGAAGGCCCCCUAUGCCAGCUCCAAGAGACUGCAGGAGGAAACCCUGGUCAUCACUCCCCGGCUCUUUGAAUGUUCCAACCAGACCGGGCGCUUCCUGGCCACGGAAAUCCCUGAUUUCAAUCAGGAUGACUUGGAAGAGGAUGAUGUGUUCCUGCUAGACGUCUGGGACCAGGUCUUUUUCUGGAUUGGGAAGAAUGCCAACGAGGACGAGAAGAAAGCUGCAGCCAUCACGGCGCAGGAAUAUCUCAAGACCCAUCCCAGCGGCCGGGACCCUGAGACCCCCAUCAUUGUGGUGAAGCAAGGAUACGAGCCCCCCACCUUCACAGGCUGGUUCCUGGCUUGGGAUCCCUUCAAGUGGAGUGACUCCAAAUCCUAUGAGGACCUGAAGGCAGAGCUUGGAAACUCUGGGGACUGGAGCCAGAUCACUGCUGAGAUCAAAAACCCUAAACCAGACGUGUUCAAUGCUAACACCAACCUCAGUUCUGGUCCUUUACCCAUCUUUCCCCUGGAGCAGCUGGUGAACAAGCCUGCAGAGGAGCUUCCUCAGGGUGUGGAUCCCAGCAGGAGGGAGGAGCACCUGUCCAUUGAAGAUUUCACCAAGGCCUUGGGGAUGACUCCUGCUGCCUUCUCUGCUCUGCCUCGAUGGAAACAACAGAAUCUCAAGAAAGAAAAAGGACUAUUUUGAGAAGCAAGAGUAGUUGUGGCUUAAGAUAGUACCCUACCCUGCCUGCAGAACUUCAUUGUUAUUAUUGGUGUUCGUGCUACAUACCAGUUGAAAAUUUACAUAGUACCUGUGAGCAGCAGCCUGUGGAGAUGCCACUUUUGUUUAGUAUCCUAUUCCUCCAGAAAGAUGAUGCC